GGUGGAAAUCUUUGUUGAAGAGCUCCUAUGACUUUUCCUCUGAUAUGAUGAUCUCAGGAAAUAAAAGACUAGAGUGAAUCUUAAGUUUUUGGACAACUUCAUAAUAGAAGGAGAAAUAUCUUUGGAAGUAGAAACUGAAAGCAAUCUUAAACAUACCAGGUGCAGAGCGGAAUACUGUGACCAUGAAUGACAUUGCACAGAAAACUGAGAUUCUGCUUUCUUCAUCUAAACCCGUCCAAAAGUCCUAUGUGCCCAAGCUUCACAAGGGUGAUGUAAAGGAUAAAUUUGAAGCUAUGCAGAAAGCAAGGGAAGAAAGAAAUCAAAGGAGAUCUAGAGAUGAAAAGCAAAGAAGAAAAGAACAAUAUGUUAGAGAGAGAGAAUGGAACAGGAGAAAGCAGGAGAUGAAAGAACUGCUUGCAUCUGAUGAAGAUGAUGAUACAAAGUCAUCUAAGACAGACAAAGGUUAUGUUCCAAAGCUAAUAGGAACUGUUAAAGGCAAGUUUGCAGAAAUGGAGAAGCAAAGACAAGAAGAAGAAAGGAAAAGAACAGAAGAAGAAAGAAAGCGCAGAAUUGAGCAGGAUAUGAUAGAGAAAAGGAAAAUUCAAAGAGAAUUAGCCAAAAAAGCACAGGAGAUUGAUGACUUUAACAAUACGGGAACUGAAUCAGCAGCAGAGGAAGGGGACGAUUCGCUACUGGUUACGGUAGUGCCUGUAAAACCCAACAAAACAACUGGGAAGAUGAAAAUAAACUUUGAUAACACAGGAAAAGAAAGAGCAGAACAAAAAGGCAGACCAGAUGAAGAAAUGAAGCUUAAAUAUGAGGAACAAAACCAAUUCCUUAAGGAAACCAAGUGCCUUUCAUUUCUCACGGGUGAAAAUCAGGACAAUGAAACACAAGCAUCUCUGUCACCUGGUAAGCUGAAAGUAACUUUUGAAGAACUUGAAAGACAAAGACAGGAAAACCAAAGGCGGCAAGCAGAGGUAGAAGCAAAACAGCGUUUAGAAGAGGAAAAACGUGCCUUUGAAGAAGCUAGACAGCAAAUGAUAAAUGAAGGUGACCACGAAGAAUCUGAAAAUUCUGGUAGAGAAUUCCGUCCUGGUAAACUUAGGCUCAGUUUUGAGGAGAUGGAAAGACUGAGGAGAGAAGAGGAAAAGAGGAGAGCAGAACAAGAUGCAAGAAGACGCAUAGAAGAAGAGAAAAGAGCAUUUGCUGAAGCACGGAAGAACAUGCAGGUGAUUGAUGAUGAUGGAUCACCAGAAAUGUUUAAAACAUUUUCUCAAGAAUCUCUCAUCCCUGGUAAACUGGAAAUCAAUUUUGAGGAGAUGCUGAGACAAAAGAUGGAAGAAGAAAAGAGACGCACAGAAGAGGAGCGUAGGCAAAAGUUGGAAAUGGAAAAGCAAGAAUUCCAACAGUUAAGACAAGAAAUGGGAGAGGUUUGUAUAUUAAAAGAUGUGUUAAGCAUGCUCUGAAGAAAACAACAAUAU